AUGGAGAUCCACCUCCCCGUUUGUCCAGCUCUCCCGAAACACGAGCUCCCAGGCCGGCGCCAAAGCGACCCCGCGCGGGACAUCACCCUCGUCAAGAUUACUCUUGCGAGUAGCCAUGAUGAACAGGCAGCGGAGCCAGAGCCCCUCACGCUCGAGGGAUCAACACCCGAAGCAGAGGAGGAGCACGCGAAGACGGAAGAGGACGAGAGGAAUCAGCCGAGAUCACGUGAUAGGCUUGGUCGCAUGACCAUGUGCACAGUGCGAAAGAAAACACCGAUGACGGCCGAGCGCCGAAAUUGCCUUGCAACGAACGAGAACGACCUCGAUCCUGCCUAG